UGGAAUCAUCGUCCAUAUUUUCUCUCGUUGUCUAUUUUUAAUGUAGCAUAAACAUCUAAUUACUACUAGUCCUUGCACAUUUGUCUUCGACUUUUUGCUGUGCUAGGACGAAUCUGUAGAACACGAGACAACAUUAGUGUGUGAAAUAGCGUUCGUUGUUUGUAUUACUGUUGUGUGUGUUGCACUUAGUGGCGUUCUUUGUUUUACAACACGAUCGAAGGUUGAAUUUGCGAAGUGAAAAUAUUCAGAGAGUGAGUUUUGGUUUCUGUUCGUCAAUUGAAGGCGCAGUUUUCUUCUACAGUAUUUGUAUAGCAAUUGCAAGGCAUAUAAUUUGUUUCAUCUUGAGAAAAUUACUGUGGUAGCAGCAAUAACAUACUUUGCGUAUUUAUUCGUGCACAUAGGAGUCAUAUAAAACAUAUUGAUGUGGUGAAUGAAUCAUACCGCAACAAAGUUAAACUACCGUACUACGUCUAUGAAUGAACAACUUCAGGAGGGUCCGAGAUCAGAAGUCAAAAAUGGAUCCUACGCAAAUCACAGCGCUGGCAAAGCUUUUAAAGGAAAGCGGUGAUAAAGUGUUAAACUCUCAGUUCAAACUAACUCUAUCAGGAUCGCUGCUGCGGGCGUUGAAUGACUCAUUUAGCUUGAUAGUGGACAAAAAUGAGAUGCUCCCGCCCCAAAGUUUUCAAGUAGUGAAACCAAACAAUGCCAAAUCGGACGUGUUUCGUGAUUUGCAAUUCGUUUAUGAUUUCGUUCAGAAAACGGUCAUACUAAGCCUUAACCAAUUCGUCAACGACGACCCGUACGAAUUUGCCGUAGACAUUAGCAAGUUUCGUAGCCUACGCACGCUCGAAGUGCAAAAAAUUCCCAUCAAUCAAAUCGUUGGAUUGCUCUACCUAAGGGAUCAGCUACACGAUUUAACCUGCAUGAGGAGCAUCUCCGACGUAACAGAUGUGCUGUUCGGUUGCGGCGGCGACAAGGUGGCAGAUGGAAAGUCGUGGCGCUCGCUCAAAAGCCUAAACAUUUCAUACAACAUGCUUGAUUAUUUAGAUGGUUCGAUGGAGUAUACGCCGUGGCUAGAGGAGUUAAACUUGAGCCACAAUCAGCUUGUCAAUGUGUCCGCGUUACGAAGUCUUCCAAACUUGCGGGUGCUCAAUGUUAGCUACAAUCGACUCAACAAAAUCCCUACCUUCCACGUAGAUGCAAUGCGUAAGAUGAAAGUUUUACUCCUAUCGAACAACUUUCUGGAGGAUCUUGAAGGAUUGGCUUGCUUAUCGUGUUGUUUGAAUGAGCUAGACCUGUCUGGAAACUUCAUCGUAGAUCACGGAACAUUAUUACCAUUGAGUACGCUGGUCGCUCUACGUAGCGUCAAUCUGCUGGACAAUCCUCUUGCCUGUCAUCCGAAGCACCGACACGCUACAGCACGAUAUCUAAACAAAGCUACUUCGGAGACAAAAUUUGUACUAGAUAACGAACCACUCUCACGGUAUGAAAAAACGCUCACCGGUAAUUACGAUAGCUACAAAGCAAUAUUGGUACCGAAUGCAAUAGCGGGCUCUACUUUGAAUCUGAGCGGUCGCAAUACACCAGCGUCUAACGCUACUACCAUAGCCCUCGACGGAGACUAUGACCCUCCAGGGGGCAGUUAUAAGAGCGCUUAUGAUGAGAAAGAUCAAAUGAACGAGUCCGUUGUUAGUCAAAAGAAACUGCGAGUUCGGCGAGCUGUUAUAUCGGAAAGCGAUAAUGAGGAUACAACGACAAGAAAAUAUUCGGUAGAUGCUAGUAAAGCGAUAAACUCUUUGAAGAUAGAGAGUAGCCGUGAACAUUUGGAGACGAAGAAAACGCUGGAAGAGCUUCGAAACCAAUACGGAAGCGAAUGGCUUCAAAGUCAAGCUGGUCACAUGGUGAAAAACGUUAUCGGGUAUGAUCCCGGACUGGACAAGGAGUAUGAGAGUGUUGUACAUUAUCAACGAUCGAAUAUAACAUCCAACAAGCAACAGACAACUCCAAUAGCACAUACGGCUGAAGUGCAUAUAGAAAAACAACACGUUGAGGAAGUUCAACGCACCAGCACGCCGAUUGGAGACGAACGAAGCAUGGUGCAAAUGCAACCCUUGAGAGAAUCGCCCGUGGGAAAGGAUUUCAUGUCAGAAAGUAGAACUACCAGCUCUGAAUAUAAAAGCGUUGCUAGUAACAUCGGUGAUACAAAAUACGAAUCAGUGGAUCAGGAAACAAUCAGCACAAAAGGAUCGUUGAAUUUGACCGAUAUUUAUAGAAAUCAAGAGGAGGCAGAUGAAGAGUCUGAAGUUGAAGACAAUGAAGUACUAUACCAGGUAUCUUCACGUGACAAUGGUUCGGAUUUUUCAAUCGUUGUUUCUGAUAAAAGCAUCAAAGAGAAGGACGUCGUUGGAAAAACUAAAACUCGCUGGGGUAUCAAAACAUUAGAAGCGUGCGAAAGAUCCACUUCGUCGCGGAUAACUUUAACGUUUGAUACGAUGAAGCGCGACAAAAGGGAACGUGUGUAUCAGAUGGAUGCGCACGAUUGCCAAUUAUUAGAGAAUCGAUUGCGUGAUAUGCUGUCUCAAAGACCGCUGUCUGAAAUGAAUCAGCGCUUGUACAAAUGCGUAGUAUGCAAUGCCAAGUUCUCGCGAGAAGUCAAUACUAAACGCCUGUUUGAUGAUUUGCAAUGCCCGGAAUGUUUCGGUGGUUAUUGCAUUGAAAUAAAGGAGACGCAGCUAGAGAAGGAAACAGUUCCUACCGUAUUGGGCACUGGUGAUAACAGCAAAACAUCAGUGAAACAAACGCUAGGGUCUAAUAGUGACGUUUCAAAUACUGUACCCGGUCCUUCUGGUACACAUAUCAUGGAUCCUGAUAUGAUUCAUAACAGUUCAUCUAAAAAUAGCUUAGUGCACCCGGAAGUAUGGAAAUCGCCGGUGAAAAAUGACCAAAAAUCCGGCGAAUCUUUUAAUGAUUCUUCGUCUGUUUCGCGAAUAUCCCAGCCGGGAAGCUCCUGUGAUUCGAAUCAGAGUGUUGCUGGAAGUACAAACUCAGAACGAGACCGCGAUACCGAUUUACUGGGUAACGAGAGCGACAUAGAAGUGUUGAGUAAUCCCAGCCAAAGCAGUAUUGAGGUUCUUGACCGAGGUUAUCAUCCCAGCCGAAAGGCCUCGGAAGAGCGGCGAAGUUCUGGUCUCGAAACUAUUAACGACAGUAGUGUGGAUUCCGUCAAACAGGAUCCACUGCUGAGUGUAAAUUUGCAACAGGAAGAUCUGAGUGUCACUAAACAAAGUGAAUUGAAUGACGGUAUAGAUGAAACGCUGAAACACACUCUGGAAAGCUCGGUUCAAGAAAGUGCCAAGGAUCAUGCGUUAGCAGUAGCAAGUUCUAGUGCUGCAAAGCACCAUACGACACAUUCGCAUAAAAAAGCGUUUCUUACAAAUGUUAAUUUGACCGAAAGCUCUAGCUCCGGCUCCGUCACAGAUAGUGUUUGCACCGCAUACGAAUCCAUCCAAGGAGUAUCGACGGAAGGAUCGGCUCUGAAACAUACUGCCAAAGGAUCAGCGAUCGUACCGGUAGAACAAAACGCAUCGCAUGAUGUGGCUGGAGAAGAACGCAAAGAACAAAAUGAAAGUAUGACUGCAAAUACAGCAUCCAAGGCGGAUAGUUCUGUGCUCACCAGUGUGCUGGGAGGAUUGUUUCAGUCCACCAAUAUGCUGAUGGCAAAGAAUCCAAAAGGAAAAUCGGAUGAAAGUUUGCUGAAAAAAUUUUACGAGCCGAUUCGAUACAGUUACAACGAUUUCGCGAACGUCGAUCAUCGCUUGAAGCUAUACCUGUAUCAGAAUUUGUUCGAAGAUACUCAAGAAUCAUUGAAAUGGCUGGUAUCUUGUGUAAUAUUUGACGAUAAUCGCGUGGAAGAGUGGCCAUCUGGUUUCGAUGGAUUAUUCAUCAUGUCUACUACGAAGUUCUACAUAAUGAAGAAAGUGGCUGCUGAAAACGACGAUCCCUCCACUUGGCUGAAGAAACACCUGUCCGGGACCAUCGAUCGCGUAGGAAUAGCUCAAUCACUGCCGUGGAAGAUAGGAAUAAAAUUCAUUAUAAGUGCGAUUGGUGGAGUACACAUUAUACUACAGGAUAUUUUGCGAACGGAUAAAUUAAUGUUAUUUUUCAAUGAAAACCCACUACCGCAAUAUUGUACUGUGGAUUAUCAACCAUCGGAAAUUUUGAAUGGAAAGUUGAAGAAAGCGGCAAAGGGUGAGCCGGUUAAAAUGGUGAUGAUAAUAAAUUUUUGUGAUGUGCUAUUGAACGAUGAAUUGGAGAGUGUGCAGUUGUCAACGCUGGUGGUAACGGAAAGCAAUUUGAUGCUAACACCAGACAUUAGAUGGCUCAAUGAAAGCUCGGCAUAUCCGGUUGAACCCAAAUAUUCUCAACUUAUGACGAACAUUGUCGAGCUGGAGGAUGUGAACGAGUUGUCAUGCCGGUUGAACUAUAUGGACGAACAAGAGGACAAGUAUGAAACGUGGCGACUCGAUUUUGCUACAACAACCGCGAAAGAAAGCACCGUUAGUACCAUCUGCCACUUGUGGGAAAAAAUCUUUGGUGUGCCUUUGGUAAAUGAAUCUACGCCGGCAGGCAAUAGUGCAGAUAAUAACAAUGACAAAAACAAUAGCAAUAUGAAAAACAACAGUGUCAAAAACAAUAGUAAUAUUCGUUAGAUAUACGUAACGAUGGUAUAUUGAAUGAGUGUAUGAUGUGUAUAGUAAAAUAAAAGUGAUAUUUACUUGGCCAAUAAAAAGCUCUUUUACUGAUAUUA